AUGGACGAACAAAUCGAGGUGGUAAAACCGGCCGAGAAAGCUGGUUUUGAGAAUUUCAAGCAAAGCGAUGGCACGGUGACUGGAAUGGCUUCGGGGUUAUUCAAGGAUGUUAUGACUUCCAAUCCAUACUUUGCAGCUGGUGGUGGUUUGAUGGUAUUAGGGUCUGCUUUAGCACUGACAAGGUCUUCAGUGAUUAGAUUGUCGCAAUUUGCAUAUCGCCAGAUGCUGGUGGACCUGGAGAUCCCGAGUAAGGAUAAGUCGUACUAUUGGUUCCUGGAAUGGAUGUCUCAGCAUAAGCAGAGAAGCUCGAGACAUUUGAGUGUUGAAACAAACUACACACAGCGCGACAACGGUACUGUCAGCACAAAGUUCUCACUUGUGCCUGGACCUGGUCGCCAUUUGAUAAAGUACCAGGGAGCAUACAUGAUGGUGAAUCGUGAGAGGUCUGGCAAGCUGUUGGAUAUGACCAGUGGAACACCAUUUGAAACGGUCACCAUCACCACCCUUUACAGGGACAGAUACAUGUUUGCGAAAUUGUUGGAAGAGGCAAAGGAAUUGGCCCUGGAAUCGCAACAGGGAAAAACCGUGAUAUACACUUCCUGGGGCCAGGACUGGAGACCGUUUGGCCAGCCUAGACGCAAGAGAUUGGUACAGAGUGUGAUAUUAGACGAAGGAAUUUCCGAGGGAAUUUUGAAGGACGUGAGAGACUUCUUGGGCUCAGGAAACUGGUACCACGAAAGAGGUAUUCCAUAUAGGCGUGGUUAUUUGUUAUACGGUCCUCCAGGAAGUGGUAAGACCAGUUUCAUCCAGGCCUUGGCUGGAGAAUUGGACUACAACAUCUGUAUCUUGAACCUUUCUGAAGCGAACUUGACGGAUGAUAGACUGACAUACUUGAUGAACCAUAUUCCACAAAGGAGCAUUCUUCUUUUAGAAGACAUAGAUGCUGCCUUUAAUAAAAGAGAACAGACCAAGGAGAAGGGCUACAGUUCAGGUGUUACUUUCAGCGGAUUGCUGAACGCGCUAGAUGGAGUGGCUUCUGCCGAGGAGAUGAUCACAUUUAUGACGACUAAUCACCCCGAGAAGCUAGAUCCUGCUAUCAUGAGACCAGGCAGAGUUGAUUAUAAGGCCUUGAUAGACAACGCUUCUGAGUACCAGGUGUCGAAGAUGUUCACCAAAUUUUAUGGCUCUGAAGACGAGCAGAGUCGCGAGAAGUUUCUUCAGGCAUAUCACGAGGCCAACGUUGGGUCAGUGAGCACAGCUCAAUUGCAAGGGUUGUUCGUGUAUAACAAGAAUGACCCCGAAGGUGCAAUUGCGAUGGUGAAGUCCAUGGGCAAAUAG